AUGAACGUCGGUCAAUUGGCUGUGCAACCUCCGUCUCAGGUUCAGCGAGUUGCGUCGGACGCGGAAGAUGUCUCGUCAGAGUUUCUGUCAAUACGGAUGCUCAACAACCGCGCCCGUGUGAGACUCUCAGAGCCUCUCGACCUCACUCGUUUCCCCAGUAAGGCGCAGCUGCUCACUGUGGCGAGUGGUCGAGGAUGGUUUGUAGCGAUCAAACGAAGCUCAUCCACAGGGCUAAGUCUCAUAGCAUCCACCGUAUCUGACCUCCGCGCUCGUCUUCUAUCAGCAGAUGGUAAGAAUGACGAACCCAUCGCUGUGAGCAGGACUGUGCCGCUGCCACAGGGAGUAAAUCCGAACUACUUGGUCUUCGCGUCUAACGAAAGCAAGCUGCUGGUGGGCCUAGCUGAAGGAGCCAUCGUUGUUUAUGAUGCCAAUGCUAUCUGUUCAGCUGGGACAGAAAAUAUUACCCCGAUACAUACCUUUCCUGCUACGACCUCUACAUCAGCGCGCCACAUUUAUCCAAAUCCAGGAGACCUACCUGACCUCGUCGCUGUUCUUCGGGAACCGGAUGGCAACCUCAACACGCAACUCGUCGAGAUCCUCGAUGUAACCGCCUUACAAUCCGUUGCAGGGUGGCGAAGUGGCGGUACACCCCAAACACUACCUAUGAGCAUAUCGUGGUCGCCGAAAGGAAAGCAGAUUGCAAUUGGCAUGCAAAGCGGUGAUAUCAUGACGUUCAGCCCGACGGAAGUAAAUCAACCUAAAAUGUUCAUCCCCAAACCUCUCUCUGCUCGAAACCAGAGCGCCAUCCACACGACGUGGUUAGCCAACCCCACGUUCUACACCAUCUAUGCGCCUUUGCCACUCACCGAGGAGACCGACCAGGCGCACUUCAUCAUAUCGUACGACGGCAAGCGUAACAGUGCUUCGGAUGUUGCUGUCCCCAUUUCAUUCUUCUCAUCUGGUCUUCGACCGCCCGGGGCAUUCACCGUGGUCCUCAGAAACUGGGGUCCCGCUAAGAUUAUGCUUAUAGUCGGUGAUACCACGACUGCCGACAUCGGCGUCAUUGUCUCCGUCGCCAAAUCGGCGACUGAGGACAAAUGGCAGAGACUUACCUUGGAUGAUGUUGCCACGCCGAGUAUGCCUCUAGGCGAGGAGGCGUCGGAGACGACGAUGGUCGGGUUGGAACUGGACCUCAAGAAUCAGCAGCGAUACAAUCAUACUAUGCCCUCUGGUGAGAACCUUGAGGUGCCUCCGCCGCCUAUCAUGUUUGCAUAUGCAAGCGAUGGAACAGUGAUAGCUUGGUAUCUAAUCAAUACGCAAGGCAUCUCCUAUCCUGGUAUGACUACAGAUUCAACUGCUACACCCUCUGCUGUCUCACAGCAAUCUGCACAACCUGUCCAACCUGUUCAGCCCGUCCAACCCGCUCAAACUGUGAGUGCGUUUGGUCAGCCAGUGCCAUCUGCAUUUGGACAGUCAUCAGGCUUCGGCGUCCAGCCUGCGUCGGCGUUCGGUCAACCUGCGUUUGCACAACCCUCGGCUUUUGGACCAGCCUCAGGAUCUGCAUUCGGACAGUCACCCGGUUCCGCGUUUGGACAAUCAAACACAGCCUUUGGCCAGAACAACACGGGCGAAUACAGAGCAUUUGCGAACGUGGGUCCCUCCGGCUUUGAUACAACUUCGACGUUUUCUUCCGCACCUACCACGCCGGCGCAGCCUAUGGUCUCAGAAUCUACAGAUUCGAUGUCUACUGACGCGGGUCCGGAUUUCGGAGGACUAUCAUUGGGUGCAAGUUCGAACGAUACUGCACCAAAGGCUGGAUUUGGCACUACAGGUCUGUUUGGCGUCACUUCUCAGUCAGCACCUGUGCCUAGCCAACCAGCGUCCGCAUUUGCGAACUACAUCAAACCGUCUGCUGGGUUCGGUGCAUUCUCAAACUACGUGCAACCCCUGGCUCCAAGCAAGCCUCAGGUCUCUGUGGAACCCCUGAAGGCCUCUUCGGCUUUUGGACAGACAGGUUUCGGCUCCCUGACAACAAGGUCUGUAUUUGGGCAGCCCGCGUUCGGGAAGCCGGCAUUUGGACAGACUGGGUUCGCUAGCUCACCGAUGUCGACGACGCCUCAGGCUUCGCCGAUGUCCGCCACUUCGUCGUCGGCAUUUGGGAGCGGGAGUGGGGGCGCGUUCGGGAAUUAUGCAGGCGGACAGUUAGCGUUUGCGGCGGUUGCGCAGAAUGCGACGCCUACUGUACCAGUGUGGAAGACCGCGGCAGCCGACAAGCCUACUGGUGGGUUCAGUGCUUUCGGUGGUAGUGGAGGCUCGACAGUCUUCGGGCAACAGGCGCCUGCUGUGAUUCCACAGGCCACUUCCUCGACACCUCCAUCAGUGCCGGCGCAGCCGGCGCCAUCGACGACAGCAUUGUCAAACACGCCACCGCCGGUCAUCGCGCUCGAAGGUCCUACCCUUACUCGUCCCACCGUCCCCGCUACUCCAGCUGCGAGUGCGCCCCCUGUCACGUCAGCGACCAGCACGACGCCGACCACACCACCUCUCGCUGGGGCUUUUGCCAAUCUUCAGGCCGUCCCCGCUCCAUUCGGCAACAUGUCAAGUUUCGGUGGCACCUUUGGAGUUUUCAACAAGGACUCUCCUUUUGCCAAUCCCAAGCCCGUGAGCGGAGGGGCAGAUUUCGCGCAACGCAUGUCGGCGUUCAGCACUCCUGCACAGCCGACGCUAAGCACUUCGGGGAGCGCGCUUGGGCAGACCUCUGCGUUUGGAGUGCAUCAAUCUGCGUUCGGACAAUCUUCUACUCCUCCGGCGACAACGACGCCCAAGGCAUCGCCGUCAACUUCGGCGUUCAGCGCCUUCAGUGGGCAACAAAGCGCGUUCAAUCAGUUCGCGGGUCCGCAGAAAUCGUUCAGUGACAUGUUACGAGAAGGAGAAGACGAAGACGGGAAGGGCAAGGGCAAGGGGAAGGCCCCCGUUUUGGCGCUCAGUUCGACGCCCCAAACUCCUGUCAAAUCGGUGGAGGAAUCGACGAGCACAACGCCUGCCAAGACGCCCCCACCUUCGUUGUUGGCGCAGCAAAAAGGAAAAUCCAAGGAGAGCUCGGUUGAGCCUGCGGAAAAUGAUGCGGAGAAGGCGAGCAAGGGAAAAUCUACCGAUGAGGUCAAGAGCAAAGCAACUAAUCCGCGCGUCAAGAUCUCGGCAGACGAAUCUUCCCUUUAUCUAUCUGAGAGUCUCUCCUCUCUGUCGUCGUCAUUCGUGGAGGUUGAUGCCCUUAAGGACCUCGAGGGUGACGGCGAUGCGGAUGCGGAUACGAUCCGAGAACCACCCUCGCCUGACUCCGAAGAAGGCGAGCUUGAGCGCGUAGACGAUGGGAUCGAUGGUUUCUUGUCUAGCCCAGAGCAGUCGGAGGGACAAUAUGAAGGUGAUGAAGAAGACGACUCGGGUGCUGAGGAGCUGGGACGAAUCACGGAAGUUGAAGAGGAGGCCGAGGAGGCGGAUAAGGACGCGACCCAAGCCAGUCCAUUGACUCCCACCAAGGUGGCUUUGCCGCCAUCUAGAUCUCCUUCUACUACACCCAAGCCGCAGACGCCAUUCAUCAAACUUGAGCCAAGCACUCCUAAGCUCGACCGAGCCCAAAGUACUACCCCACCUGGCUCACCUAUCAGGGACCCUCCAGAAACGCUUUUCCCACCACCUAUCAUUGCUCAGCCAUCCCCGAUUGUACCACCCCCAUCACAGAUACCGUCGUUGACCUCAUUGAACAUCGGGAUUGGGCGACCUAGCACACGGCCUCUCCGCAGCUCGCCAUUGGCGAGCACUCCGCUCUCAGGAGUGAACCAUGAUGAGGAAGGCAAACGUGAGUCUGUUGGUUCCGCGAAACCGAGGCCAGCUUCGCCAAAAAUACCGUUUGGUCAAUGGGCCGCGUCUGAGUCGAAGCCUUCUUCUUUUGGUCAGCAACUUAGCUCACCAUCCAUCGUAGAAUUACCUGUAGGAAGCUCGUCGUCCGAAAAGAAAUCGCCGCGCCCCAAGACACCACCGCUCUUGUCUUCGUUUGGAUUUGCAAAGCCUGUUCAACCAGUAGCCACGAGCUCAGCGGCUGCCAAUGCCCCACUUCCUGCAGGAUUCCCACCUCCGAUCAAGCCUUAUGGACCCAGUCUGAUGGGGCCGCCUGUCCUUCCCAGCGGGAGCCCAUUCGGGCAGCCGGCGGUAGCGCCUGCGUCAAAGCCUUUGGGAGCCCCUGCUCCUCUGUUUGGUCAGGCGCUCCCAACAGCACAGAAAAUCGUGCCUCCACAGCCGCCAAAAGCUGAAGAAACCCUUGAAGAAGGGAUUCAGAAGGAGUGCGCUUAUCUGGUUGCUGGGUUAGCCAAGGAAUUGGAAAGUCUACGCCUUCUUGCGCAAGAGGCAAGCAAAAAGAGGGAGGAGCUUAACCAGCUGAAAUCUGCUCCUUCGUCUGGUAAAGGUGCCAGCGUUACUUUCGAUGAUGUCUCUAUGCUUGGGAAAUCGUUGAAAGCUACGAUGAAAGAGAUUACCGAAUUGGAAAAUAUGAGGGAAUCGUUGAAAACUUCAAUCCGAGAAGUGCAGAGUAAUAUGUUGAAAGCGAAAACGAGGAAGGAGGAGAUUAUUCGGUUCGACAAGGCGAAGUCGGAUGUCGAAUUUACCAAGAUGCUAAAGACCAGAUCUCUUGGUCCAGAGUAUGUGGAGUCUCAGACUCAAUUAAGACGCGACAUCCGGGCCAUGAAAGAAUUGAUUGAGAAGCUGGAAGGUCACUUGCAAUCGUCGAAAAGAAGGCUCAACCAGCUUAGAACAGGGAAGCCAGGAAUCAAUCCACCUUCCUUGGACACCAUCAACAGGACGUUCCGAAACAUUGAUAUCACUGUUGAACAACAGACUUCUGAUGUCAACAAUCUUGCUGCUAGGAUCGCACAGUUGGAUCUCCAGGGGAACCUUGGAUCACCCAUCCGCGACAAUCGCUUGCCGGAUGAUGUUUCGAGACGCCCUUUGAAUGUAACGCCACACGUCGCAUCUUCAACGGCAGCAGCUCUCAAUGCGGAGCGCUCAGCGCAUAGGCUCAAAGAGGCUCUGCUUAGAGUCCGGAAGGAGCCCUUGUUGAAUGUCACGGCGGCCAGCGCGCCACCUGCUCCGCGGAGCUUCGAGACUCCGAAGAAGACAACUGGGACGAAAGACUUUGAUGCGUCAUUCAGCCUCAGCGAUUUUGAGAAACCUCUGCCUGCGCUUUCACUCCCAACGGAAUUUCCCCCAUUCUCAAUCGACCCACACGCGUCUUUAUCGUCUGGUUCGUCAAGGAAUCGAACGAACUGGAAAAGUCGACACCAUCAUGAGCAUCCCCAGAUUCCUGCGAAGUCCGGAGGUGUAGGAACAUCAGCUGUCCCUCCUGCGUUUGAUUGGGGGCCAUUACCUGGUGUCAAGCCGAUGACAAUUUUGCCUAUGGACGUUAGAAAUCAUUUACGGUAACAGUUGUAUACGCUUAACGUUGUUCACGUCUUCAUACAUUGUGUACAUUUGCCAUGUUGGUCAUGAUUUGUGGUUGUGAUACGUGUAAAUCGUUAUGUAUCCUUGUGGUUGACAAUGACUACUUAUUGUCCUGAGGUUGC